GGAAAAGCACAAACGCAACUUCGAAGCCUCGUCGGAGAUGUUGUAAAGAAAAUUCCGACGCCAAAGAAAUUUAUCAAAAUCAAAUCGCAAAAAAUCUUAUCGUAAGAAGCUUGCGAGAUUUGUACAAUAACUUUUUUUUUUAUCAACUCCAAGAAAGAUUUGACAUUUGCGCUUUCUGUCAUUUCUUAUAAUCAAGAAACUGCCAAUUGAAAAAGAAUCUAUUAUACCACCUCAAAGUUCUUAAUAAUGGCACCUAAAUCUACUACCUUGACCACAAAGGUCGAGAGUGGUUCUCCAUAUCAACUUAAUCAUGAUCAGGUAUUGAAAGCAUCCACUGCGCUCCUCAAACACAUCUCUACCAGCGAGGCCGAAAAAGCCAAAAAGGGAGGGGCUCAGAAUCUCCUCGCUGAAAACGACGACGACGACGCAGAAUCCACACCCAUCUGGCUCACUCUCACUACCAAGAAACACAUCAGCGACAAGACCAAGCUCAAGCCCGCCAAAGUAACCGUCCCCCACUCCCUCAAUACCUCGACCACCACAACCAUCUGUCUCAUCGUCGCCGAUCCCCAACGCACCUACAAAGAUAUCGUUGCAUCUGCCGCCUUCCCCGCCGAACUCUCCAAGCGCAUCACCAAAGUCGUCGGCGUCGACAAACUCAAGAAGAAAUACAAGCAAUACGAAGCCCAGCGUAAACUCUUCGCCGAGCACGACAUCUUCCUCGCCGAUGAUCGAGUCAUCACGCUCUUGCCCAAAUUGCUCGGAAAGUCCUUCUACAAAUCUACCACUAAACGACCCAUCCCCGUAGCCAUCCAAGCCGAACGUCCUAAAACCGACGGCAAGAGAAUCGCACGCGCAAAGGGCGAAGAUGCACCUAAGUCCGCUGAACCUAAGAAGAUUGCUGCGGAGAUUGAAAAGGCUAUUUCGAGCGCAUUGGUUACAUUGAGCAGCUCGACGAACUCGGCUAUCCGUAUCGGGUAUGCGAGCUGGGAUGCGGCGAAGCUGGCGGAGAACUUGGAGGUCGUGGUCGAUACUGUGAUUGAGAAGUAUGUUCCUAAGAAAUGGAGAGGCGUGCGUGCAAUCCACGUCAAGGGUCCAGAGACCAUGGCGCUCCCCAUCUGGUUGGCGGAUGAGUUGUGGGUAGACGAGGAAGAUGUUUUGGAUGAGAGCGUGGUGAGGGAGAUUGAAGAGAGGGUUUCGGAGAAGAAGAACAAGAAGAGGAAGACUAGGGGUAUGGACGCAAGCGAGAUUGAAGGAGGCGAGGAGAAGAAACAAAAAUUGUUGGAGAGCAACGAUGACAAGUUAGAUCAAGAGAUCGCGCUACGAAAGGAAAUGUUGAAGAAGCAGAAGGAGGAUGCGGCGAAGGAAUUGGAUGCCGUUCCCGUCGUGGUGAAGAAGACUAAGAAGACCAAAAAGGUUGCUGCUUAGCUUCACUUCACUUCAGUUCCGUUCUGUUCUGUUCAGGUCAAAAAUUCAACUUCUCGUUUCUCGUUUCAGGCUCGAGAACGGAGGAAAAGAAAAUGGGUUUAUCUUAUAAGAAGGCGUUGGAGGCGCAAAUGUAUGUUUGUUAGUAGAUUAGACUUAUCGUAAUGAAAGUAAAUCUUGUAAUGGAUUGCAUACCUACCUAGGUACUGGGGAUUUGAUGACAUUUUCUGAAUGGCUGUGAGGUU